UUGCCACUGCGUCAGCAGUCACACCAAGCUGAGAUGGCCACAAGAGACCCGCAAAUUCCCCCCUCACCUGAGCCCUUUGCGGUCAUGGUUUGGAUUUCCUGACUCUCUAAAGAGCUUUCAGAGGGUAAAAGCAGCAUUAGUGCUGUGAGGGCUCCAGACCUCGGGGAAGGCACCGCUUGCCCGUGAUCUCUAAGAAGCCAGUUUAGCAAGAGCUGUACUGCUGUUAGACUGCUGUGUCUGCUGGCAUUCAGUACCACAGGUUGCCAAGGGGCUCUCUGGUGUGAGAUUAUGCACUAGAGGAGAGUGAGAAGAGAGAAUUCUCCUGGAAUAGACAUCGCUUCCCAACUCUUCUGGAUCGUGCUGGAAUGGAGGGACCUGCCUCCAAGAUGUGCCUGAGACCUUGCUGUGUCAAAGACUAUAAACCCCUUCGAUUCAUUGAAAACCCACCUGAGCUGCGGCAGUCCCAUCUCUCCAGGAGCUGCUCUUGCAGGAUGACGAAACAGAGGAGGUCAAACAGUAUUAGCAUGUGCAUCUUGCCCAUCAUCCCCGAAUAUCCAGGCUUCCAGGACAUUAAGUUACCAAGAAAUUACUCGGAAACUCCAGCCUUCAACCGGCUUUUCCAGGGCCUGAAAAGAGGAAAGAGCUCCUCAUCUCAGCUCCAUAAUAUUCCAAACAGAGCUCUCUUAGUCCAUUGCAUGGGGAGCUCUUCAAGAGGCGGCUUGAAGGGCCACCUCGCAACCAGCAGCGGCUUCCACGACAAACCACUGCAAGAGUACUUCAAUGAGAGGCUGAUGGAGCUCAGGAACUACGAAAGCAAGAGGUUGAGCAGGAAGGCAAAAGUGUUUUCUGGUGAGGACCAGAACCCCUUCCUCACCCACGGAGGAUGCCGAAGCAGAAGCAGUUGCAGUGCUGUGGUAAUGACGGGGCAUGGGAAGCAGAGCGACGAGUCCUGCAGCUCAGCAGAUCAAGACAGCCAAACUGUGAUUGAGUGUAACGGUCAAGAGGAAAGCCUGGAUGCCCUGGACCUCUACAGGGGUGACUUCCUGGACAAUCUGACAAUGCACAUCACUGCUCCCCUAGAAGCAUUUGUGCAAAAGCAGUGAUACUGGAGCUGGUUACAGCUUAUUGUGCAGUGCUGAAAGCCAGGAAGAGCUGUUCCUGCUCAGCACCACUCUGACUGAAGUAGUUCAUGUGUGUCAGCCCACUUUGGCACAGAAAUGUGCUUGCUUGUGGGUGAAAAUGUUCUCUCAUCUUGUGUUCCUGGUUGGCAUUGCAUGUAUUUGUUUCCAGUUAUUUUCUGCAAAGAAUCAGUAUAAUUGAGACAUAGUUGAGACUUACUAUGUAGAGAGCAGUGUUCUAAACACAUGCACAUAUUAGUUGAAUCC